GCACUUGCAGCAUUCUAAGAUGGAGUCCAGGAAAGUGCCUUCCCUUCAGGGCACCUUUGAAUGUGAGUUCUGUGGAUUACGUGUCCCAUACACCUACUAUGGCCAGAAACCUCCGAAUACCUACUCUGUUACCCUCCUGGAGGACAGCUACGUCAUGAGGGAUCCGUUCUCCCCUGACAAGGACAAAUUCCUUAUCCUUGGAUCGGAGUGCAGUUUGUGUGGCAAGCGCGUGUGCGUUGGCACAGACUGCAGUCUUUUCUAUGCAAAACGAUUCUGCCUCCCAUGUAUCAACUCACACUUAGAGGAGUUUCCUUUGGAAAUAAGGCAAGAUCUGGAGAGAAGAACUCAUUCCAAAUCUCAGUCUUCACGGAAAGGAGAUUCCAGGGACCCAAAGAAAAAACAGAAUGGUUUGGAGCUCGAAAGAAAGCCUGGCAGGAGGGAAGCCAAGAAGCAGAAGGACUGAAACGGAACACCAGCGCAAUAUGUCCCCGUCGCAGGAUUCCUUUGAUUACAGUCAAAAUUGGCACCUGGGUUUGCGGCUGGACGUCUCAUGUGGCUGAUGGCGCCACUGUGGUGCCGGUGCCCAAUGUGCCCUUCUGGUUGUGCCCGUUCAAGUCCAAGCACCAGCUGCUGUAGCUGUGGAACAUUUCUGCAGAGAGGUCUUGGGUGGUCCUGUGUGCACCAUAGAGCAAGUUGUAGGCUUUCCUCAUGUGUUUUGCCCAUCCUUUUUGCAGUCAAGGCUUUGUAAUGGAAGUUCCGAUUCCCAGGAGACUGAAUUCCGUUCCCAAAACAGGCCCUUUUCCUGCACUUGCAGCAUUCUGGCAAACGCUCCCCCACCCCCACCCAAGGAAUGGACUUGAGCUUGCCAAGGAUUGGGAAGUACGUUUCUUUGCAGAUGUUUGUUGUUGUAUAACAUACUGGUUUUUUGUAUGUUUGUUUCAAUUAUUGAUGAAUUGCUGUCGCUCAGCCUUAUUAUAAGGUAGCAAAUCAUUAACACAUCCAGAGUUGUUGGAGGCGUCUUGAGACAGCUGUUGAAGAGUUUUAUUUACACGCUGCUGCAUUUUUACACCCACAGCCCAUUCGCAGGAUGGCAUGCAGGCCCUCCACCCCACUUUAUUCACAGCAAGACUAUCAAGUAGGUUAGGCUGAAAGAGAGGAGUGAAUUAGCCCACUCAUUCCUCUCUGAGCUCUGUGACAAAGCAGGGAUUUCAUCCCAAGUCUUCCACAUUACCAAUUUUCCCAGAAGUCUGGCACCAGCUGUUAUGCUGUUGAGCUUAUCCACUGCAGUUACGUUUGGUGAAAUAAAAAAUGUAAAUUAAAAAAUAAAAAAAAAUUGCAGGGUCCCUUUCUUUUUGAGCAUUAGUAGCCAUUAGUCAGAGGAACUUGGACUGCACCGGCUUUCUCUUGAGCCAAAAGCAGAUUCUCAUUAUCUGUGUGCUGUAAAUGGCUCUCAAGCGCGUACCUCCCUCUUAUAGUGUUGGCAUGCCCACUGCCUGUUUCGUCCUGGUUGUAUUGCCAGAUGCUAAGAAGAGCACCAGACUCAGCUGGCAGCUUCUCCUUUGAAUGCCAUUGUGGUCCCAGGGGUUAGCAGGGUGGGUGUGAGAAGUACUUUACCCAGGGCCCCAUUCUGGGCCAGCUCAAGCAGUCUCUUGCUGGGCAUCUAGUGGAACUGCAAGCAUCUCCAAUAGGUCAGAAUCAGCCGGUGGUUCUCUUUAGCACAGCUGCCUUUAAAAAUGUUCUAAAACAUUUACUGGGUUUUGAUUUCAAACCAUGGGCUAGCCCUGGGGUUCUAAAACACAACCCGAAGAGGAGAGGAAAAAAAGAAUUUGCUUUACUUUACAAUGACUGUUAACUGUUUUGUUGUUUUUUAUAAUUAGCAUUUAUUGUACUAAGAAUGUGUUUCCAAUACAAGCCUAUUGUCCAACCA